AUGGCCAUAAAAAGAGUUACAAAAAGACGUCAUUUCUUGAAAAAACUUGCCAUAGAUCUGAUCACCCCACAAAUGGAAGAACGAUUAACAUGGCGCUCUUUGCCCAUGAAUCUUCAAGUUCUCUUAGGUGGAAUCUUGCAAAAGAAGCGGCCAUUGCAAGAACCAAGUUCUGAUCCCACUGCUAAAAAAAAGAUGUGCAAUGUGCCCAAGGGGUAA